GAAGAAAGAAGAGAGAGAGGCUGGAUCCAGUCAGCAACCACCUACGCAAUAGACAUAUAUGAUUGAUACUGUGGACGACCACCUCACUGGACUUAGUCUCUCUCAUCCUCGGAGCUCUUCUUCUUUUGUUCUUUGUACUUUGCCUCCAGUUUACGUGUGGGUGUGUGGGUCAGUCCCUGUUAAGUGUGCUCCGUUGUGCUUCGGUGCUUGUGACCCCAUGCUCCUGUUCCUCGAGUUUGAGAGUUUUCGUGUGAUCACUGCGAGUAAAGGUGUCCUACUUUUCGAUUGAAGGAUCAAUUGGCUCGUGUGGGCCUGCGAAUUGUGUAAAAUAAUAUGGACCAAGGGGGCCCUCCUGAGGGGGCCCCUGUCAUCACUGUUGAUAUGGAUAUGUCUUGGCCGGAUGACAACAUCGUUUCUUCCUCGACGUUUUGCGACAAUCCCAAAAAACUCAGUAGUAAAUUGUUGUUUCUAACCGUUGAAUAUGUUGACGAGCAGACAAAUUUAGGAAGAGAUUUUUCUUUCUCGUCCCGUCCGAAUUCCCCUCUGUCGGACUUCAAACAUCAAGUCAGUCCUCAUGACCCAAAUAUGAGUUCGGCAGCUAGGUAUUCCCCGACUCCAGUGCCACUACAUUCUUCACCCUUCAGCAAUUCCGCAGUCGUGCUCCAGGAGCCUUCUUCUCCUCUGAUAUCAACAUCAGAAUCUGCUGUGCGAAUCAAUAAUGAAUACUCAUCGCAGCUUAAUGAUCAGUCAUCCAACACCAGUACUUCACAAAGUGACAACUCUGAAGAUUUUACCGAUAGUACAAAUGAUGAGCUAGUUUCAAGUGUCAGUAACGAAUUGAUGUUUGUACAAGGUUCCAACUCAGAUCUGGAACCGUCGUCAACUCCGCUUAUGUUGGCUGGCUCAGAUUUAACACUUGCAAGAGACUUCCUUGUAAUGCAAGAAGAUCAGAUAAACGUUAUCAACUCUAUAAAAUUGAAUUCUAGUCUUGAUUCUAAUGUUGAUCAAGUUGUACAAACUACCUUACCACUUGAUGAUUUCAAUGAUGAGUCAAACGCACAAAUGCCGUUAUUAAAGAAUUACAAGAAAAUUUCUGAAAGUGAUCAGUCUUUUGAUUCGAAUAAAAAAAAUUGCGAUUGGUUUAAAUGUGAAAGUAGCGAAGAUGAUAUUUUAUGGCACGAAGACUGUGACAGUAUCUGCAUGGAUACUGCAGAAUGCACUUUACCUGACGUGUGUACGAUAGCUGAUCAACCAGUUCCCUCUAGAGCUGUGGCAACACUACCUGGCCAAUAUUUGACGAUUGAUAAGCUUUCAUCUUCCAAUUUAGCGACCCAGUCGACAGAGUUUGGUGUUUUUGCAAAACGUGACAUACGUUGUCGCACUCAAUUCGGUCCGAUUGAAGGGAUUUUACACCCUUAUGAUGGAUCACCAAUUAACGGCCUACCUCUACUUAUCGAAACUCAGGAGAAUGAAGAAUUUAUACAAAUCGAUGUUUCAGACGAAAAUUCUUCAAAUUGGAUGCGUUUUGUAAGAUCAGCUGAAACGUACAAAGAACAAAAUUUAGUCAUUUGCCAACAAAACGAUAAAAUAGUAUUUUUAACCACCCGAAAUAUAAUGCCUAAGGAAGAAUUGAAAGCUGGUCCAAGCCUUGAGUAUGGUAAACGUAGAAAUUUAUCUGUGCUUGAACCUAAUGAUAUAGACUCAAGUAUCAAAGACAUCUGCAAUAAAACUCAAGUAAAAUCUAGUUUAUCUGCAGAAGAAGAAAAUUUUGAAAAUCGUAGAAGUAAUUCCAGAAGAUUGCUUAAAAAACGUAAAGCAGCUCCGGAUUCAUUUCAAAAAUACUUGGAAAACAAUGAUGAGGAUGAUAACGAUAGUAAUUUAAGUGAUUUAAGAUACUCCCAAAGUGAUAUUAAACAGUCUUUCACAGGAAAGGAAAACUCUCCUGUUUUAAAAUUAGAGUUGAUGAAGCAAGAAAUUACACAAUCCAAUCAAAUAGAUUAUCCAGAAAAAACUGCAUGCCCAGUAUCAUCUAGCGUUUACAAAUGUACAGUUUGUUCCAAACGUUUUACGAAUAAAUUAAACUUUCAACAGCACUGCCUGAUACAUGGUACGAAAGAUAACGAAUCUCUCACAUGUAACGUUUGUCUAAAAACAUUUUUAAACAAUUCUUCGUUAAAUCGACAUAUGAAAACUCAUCAAAAAGAAAAGCAAGAUCUUGAAUGCCCGAUUUGUAAAGAGGCAUUUGGUCGUGUUUUAACGCUGAAGGAUUUUUCUGAAACUUACAUGAACAAGGAAGAUGAAACAUUUACCUGUCCUCACUGCCCAAAGUCAUUUUCUAGUUAUGCUUUGACCCGCAAACAUGCUAGAGCACAUCAUAUUGAUCGCAAACACGAAUGCCAAUUUUGUUUCAAAUGUUUUCCGGCAGCAGACAAAUUGAGAAUGCACUUGCUAAAGCACUCUGAUCGCAGAGAAUUUCAAUGCGCAAAUUGUGGAAAACAGUUCAAACGAAAAGACAAACUCAAAGAUCACGUCACUCGUGUUCAUUACACACCGAAAAGUAACAAGGACCAAAUAUCAUCGAAUAGUCGUGCCAAAAAAAUAAUUCCAAAGAUGGAUCCAGUUGAUUGUGACCGUUUUAUUUACAAAUGCCGUCGUUGCCAAGUAGGUUUCAAGCGUAGAGGUAUGCUUGUCAAUCAUUUAGCCAAGCGACAUCCAGACAUACCUCCUGAAUCGGUACCAGAACUCAGUUUACCGAUUUUGCGUCAAACUAGAGAUUAUUACUGUCAAUACUGCGAUAAAGUUUAUAAAAGCAGCAGCAAAAGAAAAGCGCACAUAAUGAAAAAUCAUCCAGGUCAAGCUUUACCGCCAACCAAUAGGAACAAGGAUUACGACAUUCCCGGCUUGCCGAAUCCCACAUUCAGUCAGGCUGCUGGAAGUAUCAAAACGAUUCCCCAGGGUUGUCAGUGGUGUCACAAACAGUACGCCAGCAAAGCAAAGCUGCUGCAGCACCAGCGCAAAAAGCACUCAAGUUUGAUGGAACCGUCGGAAAAAAUGCCGAGACCACGUAGCCGUCCACCGCAAAACCAGAAUCAGCCACCAGCGUCGUCCAACAGUCCAAGUGCCGCGGACGAACAGUCGAUAGCGGUUGAUAUGAGUACCGAACGGGAGGAUGCGGACAAUCUUGGAGAGUUCCCAAAGUCUCGAAGCGCGCGAGUUAGCAGCAGUACCGAGUUUUCAGCUGUCGAUGGGGAUUUUGAGUUUCUCGCCGGAGCACAAUUUGCUCGCGUACGAGACAUGCGCUGAGGGAGCGAGGACAAACGCCGCGUGACAGCGGCAGUCUGGAGCUCGAGCAAUUCAUCCAUCGUGAGACAUGGGAAUCCGAUGGAAUAAAUUAUUUUGUGCGCAGCGGAGCUCUACACGGACGUGGAGCGACUGCGCUGCUUAUUGUGCUGCCUCUUCCAGGUCGCAGGAUGUCUGGGGUGACAGCGAUAACGAGGGAGGCCAAUGAAAUAGGAGCUAAAGGAGAUGUGGAUUGCAGUUUGUUGUGGCGACGUUGAGCGUCGCGCGCUCGCGCUGACAGGUAUUUUUCGUCAGAGUGCUGCUGUUGUUGUUGUUGUUGUUGUUUUGUCUUGGCAGUCGAUCGUCUGACUUUUGUCUAAUGGCAUGCUAUCAUGUCCAAUUUGAAAGAUGAACUUAUUGUUGAAUCUGUCUUUUCAAGAAAAAAAAAAAAAACACAUUUGAAACUCCAAUGAAUGGUUUAGUAAAGAAUGAAAAAUUACUUGGUGUGUUAAUGAUAUCCGAUUUUGACUUGCUAGUCAUUGUUUUGAGAUAUUAAAAAAGAAAAAAAAAAAGAUAAUCAUAGUAUUCAAACUAUGACAUAUGUGAUGUAUUUUAUUGAGAAAAAGUGAAAAGCCAAAUAAGUUGUUUUAAAGUAUUCAGCUAAAUAAAUGGUAACACAGUACAUUAGACAAAUCUGUAGGAAAAUGCGUCUUGAAAGUUUUUAGAUGAAUAUUUGUUGAAUCAAAACAAAAAAGUGAAAUAAAAACAAACAAACGUACGAAUAAACAACAAUAACAAAGUAAAACAAAUCGUUACGUGGAUUAGUUAUAUAAAAUUUAGAAAAAUGAAUAAAAUGGCUUGUCCUGUAAUGUAGUUACAGUUUCUCUGAAGUGAUCGACAAAUAUGAUCGACGCAUUUCCGUAUGAAGUAAUCUUUGCGCGUAUUACAAAAAAUCUAUGUCUAUUCAUCUCCCCAAGCUUCGAAUUAGCACAAAACUUAUUUAGUAAGUAUAGUUAUCAGAUAAAUAAUUUACUAUCGUACACUCCUCUAGGAGAAGAAAAAAAAAUUAUAAAGCCAAACAAACAUAGCAAACACGUACACGUACACACGAACGAAGAAUUUCGUCUUUUCCGUCUUUACUAGACUAUUAUUCGGUUAAAUUAGAAAACUUGUUGUCAUCGAGCAUAAUGUACUCUAAACUAAAGUGUGUGACUUUCCAUUUUUCGAAUCUUGCAAUAGACAAAAAAAAAAAAAAAAAAAAAAAAAA